CCCAUACGCCCAAAAGUCCAAAACACACGAGCAUCUACAAACUCACACAGGUCAAACCCAGAGGAUAAAGACGACCCAAUCUAUCUAUCUAUCUAUCUCACUUACAGUUCAGAAAAAAAAUAGGGUUUGUGUUUAAUUGAUUCAGUUCCAUCAUCUGAAGCAUAAUCUUUUCGGUGUUGCAAAGAGUUGACUUCGUCUCCGUUAAGCAAAAUAGUUGAUCUUGUCUUCAUAAACAAGUGAUGGCUGGUGAAGACGAAAAAAACUUGGUGGAAAUCCUGGAAGAAAAUCACCCGAUCGACAUCACCAAAUACACAAACUACGUCCAUUCCCCGCAAUGUGGUGCCAUCGCCACUUUCUUCGGCAACACCCGUGACACAUUCGAUGGAAAAACCGUAAUCGAGCUAAGAUACGAAGCGUACGUGCCAAUGGCUAUUCGUUGCCUUAAAUCCAUUUGUUCGUCAGCCAGAUCCUUAUGGAACCUCAACGCCAUCGCUGUGGCCCACCGACUGGGCUCCGUUCCUGUAGGCGAAACAAGUGUUUUCGUCGCCAUUUCAUCUGUUCAUCGGGUUGAUGCAUUGGAUGCUUGUAAGUUUGUUAUCGAUGAGCUCAAAGCAUCUGUUCCGAUAUGGAAGAAAGAGGUUUACUCAAACGGUGAAGUGUGGAAAGAAAACAUGGAGUUUCUUGAGAGAAUACCGGAAAUUGGGAAGAUUAGGUCGUGCUGCAAACCGAAAGUGAAGGUGGAGGGUGAUGAAGUGGUAAAAACGGGUUGUUGUGGGCCGAAGGUGAAGGUGGAAGAUGAUAAUGGCAAUGCAUGAUCAUCUAGAAUUGUGGUGGGUUGUUUUCAGUUUUGUGUUUGUAUUUUGGCAUUGUGAACAUAAUAUGCAAUAAAAUGCCUGCUUCUAUGAUUCAUAUUAAGUUAUAAACUGAGAAAGAGUAUAAUGAGCCAUUUAAAUCUAA